GAAAUAUGUUAUGUAACGAUUUAUUUACAAUCAUGCACUCUAUAUAUACACAUCCCGUUAUAGCUUGGAUCAGCCAUGACAGGUGUCCGUCUGUAGUUUGUACAUAGCUACCCUGGAAAAACAGUAAGUACAGGCAAGUUUUAAAAAAUUGUCCUCUGAUGUACGAGGCCCAACAAAUGUAACAGAUUGCGAUCGUCUUUUCUCCCCAGACUUCUCAGGAUGCUCACAAUUCUAGGCUUCCUCAUUCCAUUGCUUAUCAUCCUGAUUCUUGUUGCCGUGUCCUUCCUCUCCAACUUUUCCAUUUGUAGAAAGAUUUAAUGAGACUGUAAGUAAACCAGAAUCUCCAAUCAAUAGAGCACAUCGUUUAUCAUGUCGGGAAAUUAUUACUUUGUAAUUGUUGGACACCUGGACAAUCCAAUUUUUGAGAUGGAGUUUUGUCCACCAAACAGGGCAGCUGAACCGAAGAAGGAUGACCACAGACACCUGAACCAGUUCGUAGCUCACGAGGCGCUGGACCUGGUAGAUGAACAAGUGUGGACCACCAAUAAUAUGUACCUCAAAAUCGUGGAUAAGUUUAAUGAGUGGUUCGUGUCCGCCUUCGUCACCGCAAGCAGAAUGAGAUUUAUGAUGUUACAUGAUGUGAAAAAUGAAGAUGGUAUUAAGAAUUUCUUCACUGAGACAUACGAGAUGUAUAUCAAGCAUUCCAUGAACCCAUUUUAUGAAAUCAACAAACCCAUUGUUUCACCAGCUUUUGAGAAAAAAGUUCAGCUGUAUGGAAGAAAAUAUCUCACUGGAUAGAACUGUUGUAUUGUUUACCGUUAUUGACUUUCAUUGUGUGCAAUAUGACUGUUAUAAGAUGUGAUUGUAAUAGAUGUGUGAAUAAAUGUGUCAAUGUAACUUAG